AUGUGUUCAGCGCUAAAAAUAUUUGCGGAGCUUCAAUUUUUUAAUUCAUCUCACCCUGUUUAUUUGCUUGUUUGUUUGUUUCUAUCUAUCUAUCUAUCUAUCUAUCUAUCUAUCUAUCUAUCUAUCAAACUUAGUUUGUUCAUAUCUAUCUCAGUUUGUUCAUAUCUAUCUAUCUAUCUAUCUAUCUAUCUAUCUAUCUAUCUAUCUAUCUAUCUAUCUAUGUCUUUUCAUAUCUAUCUAUCUAUCUAUCUAUCUAUCUAUCUAUCUAUCUAUCUAUCAAACUUAGUUUGUUCAUAUCUAUCUCAGUUUGUUCAUAUCUAUCUAUCUAUCUAUCUAUCUAUCUAUCUAUCUAUCUAUCUAUGUCUGUUCAUAUCUAUCUAUCUAUCUAUCUAUCUAUCUAUCUAUCUAUCUAUCUAUCUGUCUAUCUCUCUUCUAUCUAUCUAUCUAUCUAUCUAUCUAUCUAUCUAUCUAUCUAUCAAACUUAGUUUGUUCAUAUCUAUCUCAGUUUGUUCAUAUCUAUCUAUCUAUCUAUCUAUCUAUCUAUCUAUCUAUCUAUCUAUCUAUCUAUGUCUGUUCAUAUCUGUUCAUCUAUCUAUCUAUCUAUCUAUCUAUCUAUCUAUCUAUCUAUCUCAGUCUGUUCAUAUCUAUUUAUCUAUUUCGUUCUCGUUUAAACUUAACAUUGUCGCACCUCCAACAUUAAUUUUGAGCUGUUUCUUUUUCUUUCUUUCUUUCUUUCUUUCUUUCUUUCUUUCUUUCUUUCUUUCCUUAUUUCGUUUGUUUUUUCAUGUUUUUCUUUCUUUCUUUCUUUCUUUCUUUCUUUCUUUCUUUCUUUCUUUUUCUUUCUUUCUUUCGUUCGUUUUCCUUUCUUUCUUUUUUUCCGUUCAAUUUUCGUUCGUUUUCCCUUUUUUCUUUUUCUUUCUUUCUUUUUUCUUUCUUUCUUUUUGCUUUCUUUCUUUUCUCUUUCUUUCGUUCGUUUUCCCGAUUUCUCGUUUGUUCUUUUCUUUCUUUCUUUCUUUCUUUCUUUUUUUUUCUUUCUUUCUUUCGUUCAUUCGUUCGCUUUUUCUCUUUCUUCCCGUCAUUUCCCUAGUUCUUUCUUUCUUUCUUUCUUUCUUUCUUUCUUUCUUUCUUUCUUUCUUUCUUUCUUUCUUUGCUUUCGUUCAUUCGUUCGCUUUUUCUCUUUCUUCUAUCGUUCGUUUUCCCGAUAUUUCUCUCGUUUGUUCUUUCUUUCUUUCUUUCUUUCUUUUCUUUCUUUCUUUCUUUCUUUCUUUCUUUCUUUCGUUCGCUUUUUCCUUAACUCUCUCUCUCCCUCUUCUCUCUCUCUCUCUAUCUAUCUAUCUAUCUCGCAUUCCCUCACUCUAUGUUUAA